AUGACCUCUGGAGUUUCUAAGGGUGUUUUGUGACUGUCCAUAGGGGUUGAGAUCCUGCAUAUCUUUCUGAUAUUGGCAAGUGCCAUCCUCCUGGGCUUCAGAGUGACUUAUCAUGACUCUGGGUUCAACUGGCUCAAGGUGGAUGCCUCUGUAGCCAUCCUCAUGGUGCUUGCAGGGCUACUAGGCAUGGUGGCCCACGUGAGGUACACAACCAUUUAAAUCAGAGUGAACCUUGGACCAGAAGAUUGGAGGCCGCAGACAUGGGACUAUGGGUGAUCAUACUACCUCACCUGGGGUUCUUAUGCCCUCUGCAUGGCUGUAUCGGUCACUGACACGAGGAAAUACACAUCACCCCAUCUGGAAUCCACAGAGGAGCAGAGGGUACAGAAGUGCAGUCUGUACCCUCAACACAACUUCCCAGAACCUGAGGCUCCGAAGAGUAUUCAGGAAAUAGGAGCUGCUUCCAGCCCCGCUCAACAUGCCCUUGUGAAUGGAUCUGGGCACCUGCCACCAGGUGCCCCAGGCAGAGUGUCUGUGUGCUAGCCAAUGCCUGUUAGUGUCAGCUCUGCACAGGCAGGCAAGC